AUGGCUUCACUACAUCUGCACGACCACUUCUACUCCAACAGGCACAGUAACCACGACAGUCAUUCCGCAUCGCCCGAGGCCGAGAAGAUGCUCAAGCACCCAAACGGCGGCCCCGGCCCCGAGGCUGAUGCCAUCCCCGACGGGUUGGAGGUCAACACCGGGGCGAACUACAGCACGGCGCCGCAGCCGUACCUGCCGGCCCAGGCGCAAGCGUACUAUGACCAGCAGCAGCACCAACUUGGAACGCCACAGACGAAGUACACCGAGACGACAUACGCCAAUCAUCAGCAUUCACCGAUGCCGGAAAAGCGCGCGGCGGUAGAAGAUGAGAGCAAGGACGAUGGGACCAUCUGCGGCUUGCGCAAGGCGACGUUUUGGCUGUUGAUUCUCUCCAGUCUGCUAUUCUGCGCAUUGGUCGGUGUGGCUGGUGGACUGGGCGCCAUGGUGGCGAGCAAAAACAACGAAAUCGCAAACCUCCAGUCCCCUUCCUCCUCGUCCAGCGCCUCGCCCACCCCGGUAUUAGCCGCCUUGGACCUAAGCAAACCCGCCGCCACGGACACGCCCAUCUCGCUCAACAAGUGCCCCAACACCGGCUCAACGCUGACGUACGAGGUGCCGGGAACGAACCUGACCUUCAGCAAGGACUGCGGGACGGAUUACCCGUUCAACGACAUUGCGCAGGUGCCGGCCAAGAACUUUGACGAGUGCGUUCGGUACUGCGCGGCGUUCAGCCUCCAGCCGCAGUCGAUAAAGGGGCCGUGCAAUGGCGUCGUGUAUAUUCGCGGGGACGAUCAGGGCGAGGAUAAUUAUUGUUGGAUUAAGUAUACCAAGAAUACGUCGCCGAACGCCAAGGAUUUUGCCGAGUCGGCCUGGAUUUUAUGA